AUGUCUAGCACACAGGGGGUCAGAUUCUUCGAAAAUCACAUCGUCCACAGAUUCGGUAUACCCGAAACCAUCAGGGCCGAUAACGGCCCGGUAUUCGCAUCAGCUGAGACUCGAGAAUACGCUGAAAGGAUGGGGAUCAAAUUGGUCCACUCGACGCCCUACUACCCACAGGCUAACGGACAGGCCGAGGCAAGCAACAAGGUAAUCAAGGGUAUCCUCGAGAAAAUGAUUGAGGAAAAACCUAAGGCGUGCCACGACUUACUCCCUGAGGCCCUCUGGGCUUACCGAGUCUCGAAACGAUCGGCUACUGGCACAUCCCCUUAUGCCUUAACCUACGGUCAUGACGCCAUCGUUCCGAUGGAGCUAAAGGUUCGGUAUCUCCAUGUGACCGAACGACCUGGGCAGGAAGAGAAGGACUAUGCGCAGGCCAUGACUCAGGAGUUAGAAGAUUUGGAACAAUCCAGGCUCGACGCCUAUAACCUAAUGCAGACACAAAAGCAGGUCGCGGCGAGGUCCUACAACAAGAAGGUGAAGCAAAGGAGUUUAGCCGAAGGCAACUUGGUAUGGCGUGCCGUACUUCCUAUCAGGACUAAGGACCCUCGGUUCGGCAAAUUCUCACCCAAUUGGGAAGGGCCGUUUAUUAUCGAUCGAAUCCUUGGCUGA